AGCAGCAUGCACUUAACUCUUGUUUCUUGUGCACAGGAAGAGAAGCUCUGGGUUGCUGUGAAGAUGUCUGCCCUUGUCCUUGGCUCAGCCCUGCUGAUUUUCACUGCCUUAGUGAACUCUGUUUCUUGGUGUGUGCAAAAGAUCUGGGAUACUUCAGGCUACUUCUGGCAGACAACAUGGCUGAAGCUUUACUACCUGCUUGAGGGAAGGGAAUGGUCACUUUUCCUCUUUGGGGCUGCAUUGGUUCCUAGCCUUGCUUUUUGGUGCUUCAAUGGAAUCCUUAUGGUGGCUGAUGUAACAGGAAGGCCAACUUUCAUUACUCGGUAUCGCAUUCAGCUAGGCAAGAAUGAUCCUGUGGACACAGAGAAAUUGCGACAAGCCAUCUACACUGCACUGUUUAAUCAGUUCCUUGUCUCCUUUCCCAUGCUCGUGCCCAUGUUCUAUGUAAUGAAAUGGUGGGGCAACACCUUCAGCAAGGAAUUACCCACUUUCCAGUGGUUUCUUGUGGAGCUGAGCAUCUUUACCUUAAUAGAGGAAAUCCUCUUCUAUUACUCACACAGGCUUGUUCAUCUCCCACUGCUGUACAAACACAUCCACAAGAAGCACCAUGAAUGGACAGCCCCCAUUGGCGUGGUCUCCAUUUAUGCUCACCCAUUAGAACACAUACUCUCCAACACGCUGCCUGUCAUGACUGGCCCAAUGCUCAUGGGGUCUCACAUGGUUUCAAUCACAGCAUGGUUCUCCCUUGCUCUUGUAACAACGAGCAUUUCGCACUGCGGUUACCACCUGCCCUUCCUACCAUCACCCGAAUUCCACGACUUCCAUCACCUCAAGUUCAACCAGUGUUAUGGAGUGCUGGGAGUGUUGGAUUAUCUGCAUGGAACAGAUGAUGUGUUCAGACAAAGCAAAGCCUACGAGAGACACAGGGUCCUCCUCAGCCUCACACCGCUCUCCAAAAGCAUCCCUGAUAUACCCAAGAGAGCAGGGUGAACCCUCCAGCCUGCAGCUCCUGCAGUCCAGGGAUAAGGAGAGGAAGAGACAAUGAUUUACACUAAUAUUUUACUUGGGAAACAAGUUAUUAUUCACGAGUAAUGAAUCUCAAAACUGAACUUAAACACGAUACUUGAGAUGACUUCAUAUACUGCCUGUUAUUUUCCAUCUAAAGCAUGAAAAAACAACUCUAGAAAGUUAUUUUUAAACCAUUGCACUACUUCUUGGUUCCAGCUGCCUGCAUGUAAGAUGAAUUCUAGGUUAUGUGGUUUCGGGAGUUGCUGAAUUCUCAUUGUCAAGGUUAUAACUUUUCAUAGACCACAGCAUGGCCUCUUCCAGCAGCAUUCUCUAACAAUACCAGUAAGAUCACUGUAACUACAUACCACAGGAAUCAAACCCACAUGGCUUCAGACAUCCCCUUCAUGCACAUAACAGGCCUGCUUUUCCUUCAGUAGUUUUUCCACUCUGUAAGAUGCAGGUCUUAUUUCAAAAGCUGUUCAUCCUCAUCAACACUCCACAAACCAACCUAUGCAAAUGUAGUUUCUCCCACAGGAAAGGUAAGGACAGUUGGGAGCUAAGUUUUUCCUGUUAAAUUUAUAUGGGAGGAAACAAGGACCCUCUCAGUCACUGUCCCCACAAGAAGGGAGGUCCCUUCAGCCUGAAAUCCAACUGACACAAGUCCUGCUACAUCAGCUCUUACUGUCAAGCCUCAUGGGUGUCAGCUCAUGGCAGCAGCUCUUCCUGCACUGUCCUCCAGAUCUUCCAACCACCCUGCACCAGCCAGCCCAUCCACAGAGCCUACAGCCCUCUGUAGAAAACACAAUGGUUAGCAGAACAGAAAACCCAAACCGCACUGUCUUUUGAAGUUUUUAUUUUUAUACAUUUUUUUUUUGUAUUAAAAAGGAAAAAGCAUAAUUACCACAAAUUACAAAGGACUAAAGCAUUACUAGAAUAAUGAAUCACAUCAGCCUAGAAAGCAGAUACUCUGAAUAAUAUUAAUGUUAUAAUACAAGCUCUCAUUCAAGUAUUUUACAUUUUUCUCUUUUCCUUUUAUAUGCGAUGAUGAUCCUAGCACAUGGGUCAAAGAUUAUGUACUAUCGACAGAAGAUGGAUCAUGUACAGCGGGCCAUAUUAACAAGAUUUUCCUCCCAACUGAUAAAUGGUCUGUGAUGAGUCAUUUUAAGUUUGUCUCUACGAUAAAUGCGGCUGAAGAAGGUUGCACACACUUUCUAGUCUGGGGAACAGAAGGCUGAGGUUGGGAUAUAGCCAGUCUGAGAAGGGCCAGCACAUCGAACCAUCACCCUGUUGUUCCAGCCACCGAGGCUGAGGUCUUACCCACGUGACCUGAGCGAGUCGGAGCAGGCAGGCAGAGCCUCCCCUGGGCACAACUCAGUGAUAGGUUCUGAGAUCCAAGGAUUUCCAAACCCAGCAGGAGCAGACCAGGCUGGGAGAGGAAGGAGGCAGCAGGGUGAGCUGCCUUCCCUAUGGGCGUACAACUGCACCAGGGAGGCUCGGGGACCAAGUGCUGUAAGCACCCCUCUCCCAUUACAGCUGUCACCAUCCCCAGCCCACCCACAAGACUGCCAUUGGGAGAUGGGGACAGGAGGGCAGCAAAGGCCUUGGGUGACCCCGAGUGCUGCAAAGGGGCGGUGGUACCUGGGUCGGUCCAUGCUCUUCUGGAGCUCCCCACCGAGGGGAUGUGCUUGUCACAGAUACGUCGGUCCUAUGUUCAAGUGUCUGCAGAAAGUGAAGCUGUAAACUACUCAUUGAAAUGCUGCCCUCCAGGCACCCACUCUGUGCCACUGAGAUGAAAAUUUGUUUUUU